AUGGUUUUGCAGAUGGUACUAUUAUUGCCGAUACUGUUAUAUAGCAUUGUUAUUACUGAAUGUGAGGCGAAGGAACUUCAUUUGACGACCUCGGAUGAGGGAUAUAUGACAGUCAUACAAGGUUUCGCUGCACGCCUCGAAUGCAUGCUGCACACGUGCGUCAGGCACGAGUCUACAGUCCUCUGGUUGAAAGAUGAUGUGCCAAUUUUUAACUCAACGAAAUUUCUAGAUAGCUCAGGCAUGGAUCCAAAUUCCGUAUUUUUACAACAUAAUAUCGAAAUCGAUAAAGAUAAAGAAUGUACGGGUAGCUGUUCGGAUUCGGAGUCUUGCAAGGACGGGUCACAUUGUGUUGAUAACCGAUGUUGCCAGUGUGCAUCGGAAGACUUCACACUCGUUCUGAAAAACCUCACAUUCGAAGAUGCUGGUCGUUAUCGCUGCCAAAUAUCGAAUCAGCCGCAGCAGCUUGAAUUUCAGUUGGAAGUUCUAGAAAGUGGUCUGAAAGGAGGUUUCCACGAGAACAUCAGCUACGACUACAGUGAGUGCUGCGCCAAAAAAGGCAUUUCGCCACUUUGUAAGGCAAUGUGCAAACCAAAAGACAUGCACAUCCAUCACUUCGACCCAACAAGGUAA